ACAAUUGAAUCAAUAAAUUAUUUCUAUAAAGCAUCAGUUGAUAAUAGUAUAAACACAGCUUAAAAAAAAAAAACUUUCAUAUUUUUUUAAUUAGCAUUAAAAGCUGCAGUUCCUCCAACAUCCACCAGAGGCUCCAGCAGUGAGUCAGUCCCACAGAUUCCCAAGUUUAAACUUACAGCAGAAAGAAACACGUUCAGUCUGAUUUAAAAAAGAAAAACCUGAUUUGGUGUCUGUAGAUAAUUUCUACCUUUAUGACACAUGUUUGUUUAUUUUUUAAAGUCAUCUGUUUAAAGUUCAACUUUAUUGUAAAGUUUCAAACAUAUAAAAAUUACAGCGGAAACCAGUUGGUGAUGGUGCCUACUUCCAUCUUUUAUAUACAGUCUAUGAUAUGCGCGUAGAGAGAGAAUAACAAUAAAAUAUGAUUUUAUUUGAACUGUUAAAGUCUGAGGUGCAGUCUUGUGUGUUUUCCUUUUGGGGAUCUCUUAUUGGUUCACCUUUCUUCUACCUGAUUGCGCGCACCCGGUGUGGGCACGUCCGAGCGCUCGCGGUAACCCGCUCUGCAGGUUCGCCCGGAGAGUCAGUGCCUGAGUGCUCCUGCAGCGAGCAGCUGUGCUCCUGCUCACACGGCGGACACCAUGAGUAAGUCCAGCACGCUCAAAGUCCGGAAACUAUUCAGCCUCAAAUCACCGGAGAAGGAGAAGAAGGAGCUGAAGAGGUCGGGGUCCCUCAAAGAUGCCGUGGGUACAGGGACCAAUCCCGCGGACAUCCCGGGGGGGCUACCCUGGAGCCCCGGCUCUCUCAGCCCGGGAGACAACCCCACUCUACCCGGGGACUCCUCACUCUAUUCCCCGAAAGAAAAGAAGAAACGGCGGCUGCUGCCGUUCAAGCUGAAACGGAAGAAAUCCAAAGACAAAGACCGAGGAGGAGGAGGAGGAGGAGGAGGGGGAGAGGUGUUCUUCCCUGACACUGAUGAGCUGGAGAGUUUCAGCAGCUACAAGAGCCUCGACCACGACCAGAUGAGCGUUUCCACAGAGUGCAGCUACCAGACCGAGUCCGACUGGACGUCCGUGAUCAGCUUCGACAUGAACGCGGCGCCGGGAAGCCCGAUGUCACCCUCCAAACACUCCAAGAGUUCGGAGGAGAAGAAGUCAGUGUUCGGCCGUCUCACCAACUUCUUCAGCUCCAAGAGGAAGAAGAGCAGCAGCCGGAAUCAUUCGAGCACCUCCACCGACAGCUGCCCGGCGUCCCCCUUGUCUCCACAUUCACCCCAAUCUGAGCCAGAAAAUGGGUUAAACGCUUCACUUCUGUCGGACUUUGCCGGAGCUGAGCACAGCGACACCGUGAGCCAGAGCUCCAGCCGGAGCGCCUCCAGCAGGGCCUCACAGGUCACAGUAGAGGCAGACAUGCCCUUUGCAGACAGUAACAGCACCGGGAGAAGCAGCGUGAAGGAGCUGGAUGCAAUCAUGACUUCCACAUCCACAGACCCUGCAUCUGCCACCGAGCCAGAUCCAGAUCCCGGUUUGAAGUCAGAACUGGGCUUCGCUGAAUCCGUGGUGGAAGAAGUGAGCAAACGGCUGCAGGUGCAUUUGGAACAGAGAUCAUCAGCCCGACCACACUGACGUCACUUCAGAUCCCCCUUUCUAAGGCUGCGGAGUCCCCAAAGUCUCCUAACCUAACCUCCAUAAGCUUAGCAUCAAAGAAAGCAUCGGUGAAGGUUGGAGAGAAGGGCCACAGCACGGCGCUGAGAGGAAUAACUCUGGGCAAACAGCACUGACCCAGGACGAGCACUCGCAUAUCCACCAGCAGCCUCUCGGGGGAAAGUGCAACCACAAGAGAGGAAAAACCCCAAGGCGAGUCUCCUGUCCUGUUCCACAAAGCCAUAUGGGUGGAGACACACCUGGGAGAGGAGGAGGUGGAGUGGGAGAAAGAAAGGGAUGUAAUGAAAAAAGAGGAGGAGGGCUUUAGAGCAGACUCGCCUCCUCUUUUGGCCGUACCUGCCACGGUAAUUCCAGAGGACGACUCAGAGGCUGAGAGAGCACCAGAGAGCCCUCCCACCCCCUCAGAGACUCCUCCGCUCAGUGGCAGCCUGCCACAUUCACUCUCCUCCCUGUCACAGACUGUGGGGGAGGUUCACACCUCCACGGAGCAGCCGGAGGGGCCGGACACAGACUCAACAAGGAGUUUUCCUCAGGUUCAGGAGCGACAUCGGCCGAGAUCAAUCCGGAUCACACGCAGGACCGUGAGUCUGCCUUCGAAGAGCAAAGGUGUUGCCGAGGUGAACGCCAGGCCCGAGCCGAGCGUGGACGAGGACGAAGGUUCAACUUCAAAGAGCUCAAACACAACAGAGGCGAAACCACGGCUGAUCCUCAAAAACAGCAAUGAUGCUGACUUUAAGGACACAAACGUCGAUCGACCCGCACAUGAAGACGAGUCUCCACUCUCUGAGGCAAUUACUCUUGAAGCCAUAGUUAAAACUAUGAUGAGAGGAGGUGAAACAUCUUCAAGCCACUUAAAGAAGUCCAGACGCUUUUCUUUCCAAGCUCCUUAGACUACGAUGACCUGGAUGACUGAGAAACUUCACAGACAUGCAUCAGGAAUUGUCCCACCAAUGAAGCCACCCAAAAACUUUUCUAAAAGAAUCCAUGUUGAGAGCGAUACUCCGACCUCCAGCAUCUUUCCACUUCCCACCAAACAAGAGAAAACUGUCUCAUCAAGGAUCUUUAAAUGGAACGAAAACAUCAAACAGCAUCAAAAAAUGCCUGCAAAAGAUUCACCUGAGACCUCGUCGUCUGUGAGCAAGCUUCCCACAAGAGGCCAGAGAAGCUCCAAUAAACUAAAACCCAGACAACGUUCCCAAAGUGGGAAUUCUGAGGACUCAAAUCACAACACAUCGACAGAGACGGAUGUAAAAGCACCUGAAAGCAUCACGGCGAAUGAGCGUGACAGUGAAGACACAUUUAAAUUCAAG